AUGUCUGAGCCGACGGUCAAUACUACUGACAACAGUGGCGCGAACAAGAGAAAGCGGGAAGACGACAACUCCGGCCCUGAGCCUCAACGUCUUGCGACAUCCUCCUCCCACAGUGGCAACAACGGAAAUGUCCAAGGUCUGAGCGCACCGACCGACAGCCAGUCGAGCUUUACUCAUUCGCCCUUAGGCCCUUAUGAUGGUCAUGGACUUCCGAAUGCGUCUCCGGAGUUGAGCAACAUCGACCAGCAAAUUCUGCAGCACGUGGGCUCUCAGAAUGGGAUUUCUGAUGAGAAUGCCCUUACGGCCAAGGCUGCUCUGGCGGCUCACCCUUCGCAGAACAAAUAUCCUCCUCCGCCUGAUGCAGGCUUUGACGGCACUACCAACCUGACCCAUGGCCUGAGCUUUGGCGAUGAAAUGAAUCAGGCUUCUAUGAAUCAGACCUCGAUGAAUCAGACUUCGAUGAACCAGACUUCGAUGAAUCAGCCCUCCAUGAAUCAGCCUUCUAUGGGCGCCAGUCAUGGCCCCAACUCGACUGCUGCGGCGGUCUAUGCAGCCCGCGAGGCGCAGAGCAUGAACCAAAAGCCAACUGUCGGCUCUCCCGAGUGGCAUGCUCUUCGCAAGAACAACCACAAAGAAGGUGAACUUUGCUCCCUUGCCCCCCCUAAUGAAGCCCAUGUGGAACGGCGGCGUCGUGAGACGAUCAAUGAGGGAAUCAACCAGAUCGCUCAGUUGGUUCCUAACUGCGACAAAAACAAGGGUGCCAUUCUCCAGCGUGCCAUCGAAUACAUUGUUCAGCUUCACGAGGAAAAGAAGCAAAUGAACAGCCGCUGGGAACAGACCCAAAUGACGACGAGCCAUGCCAUCAAUGAGAUCAGCGCGCAGAACGCGAAGUUGAAGGCCGAGGUCAACCGCCGCGGCGACAUUGCUCUCAAAUGGAUCCAGCGCUGCCGUGACGCUGGUCUCGAGUUUGAUGACUACGAUGACGAGAAGGACCUCGGACAGCUCGAGAUUGACCACAACCAGUCCUCAUAG